AUGGCCGACGCAGAGCUAGAAGAGAUCCGCCGGGCUCGUCUCGCACAACUCCAACAACAGGGAGCCCGAGGGGGUGGCCAGGACGGUGGCGAGCAAGCACAGCAGAAGAGACAAGCUGAGGAGCAGCGCGCUUCGAUAUUGAUGCAAAUCCUCGAUCCCGCCGCCGCCGAUCGCCUGGGCCGUAUCCGCAUGGUCAAAGAAUCCCGCGCCAUAGAUAUCGAGAACCGUCUCAUUAUGCUCGCACAGUCCGGACAGCUACGGCAAAAGGUGACCGAGGAGCAGCUCAAGGACCUGCUGGGUGCUAUUGCUGAGAACCAGCGCAAGGAGGAAGAGGAGCAGAAAAUUGUGAUUUCUCGUCGCAAAGGUGGGUGGGACGACGAUGAUGAUCUCCUGGACCUAUGA